CUGCGAGCAGACCGCGCUCAGGUUGUUCCCCCUCCCAUCGAGGACAACGACGAGCAUCACAGCUAUGGCGACGACCAGAGUAGCCGUGCUUCCAUCGAGCCUGCCACUGGGACAGUCCUGUCAUUCGUCGAGCAGAGUUCAUCAACCGGAAAGGAGGGGGCCGCCACAUGGGCUGGGUUCAAGUCCUGGGCUGACGGUGAGAUGCAGAAGGACACUUCCUGGUCUGCAGAGGCGGUUAUGGGAGAAACGCUGUUUGUCUACGGCGCCGGAAUCGUGCGCGCUUCUGUUUCGCAGGUGUCCUUCUGAGUUUAUUGGACUGUAUUUUUGUGAGAGAAAUGAAAAGAGAUAUGAAGAGCAUCCUGUCAGUAGCAGCUGCAGCCCACGGAGGAACCCGUCUUCCUCUCCAGCGCAUUCUCAUCACAAGUCUAAUUAUAGCUCUGCGAUGCGCAGUCGCCUGGGCAAACAUGGCGUUCGUGCAUCUGCAGCAUCAAGAAUCGGAGCACAAGGAGGGCAGAGAGGAGGAAGAGAAGGAGGAGGAGGAGAAAGGGUAGGAGGAGGAGGAGGAGAGAAAGACCUAGGUCAUAACAAACUAUCAGCUUUGCAGGCUGAUGUUUGCCGACCUGACAUCAGCACUCGGGCGACUUCCACUGCUGUGACAGUGGUGGUGGUUGCAGGCCUCGUCGCUGCAGCUGCUGCUGCCUUGAGGAAUGAGACGGUGACGAAUGGCGAAUCGCUACAGAAAAAUGAACAGGCAUUGCCCAAGUGUGAGUCCUGCCAAGGGUCAGGAGUGUGCGCGGAUUGCAAUGGGGAGGGAUUUUUGGUGCAAAAAUUGUCCAAGGAACAAGCGGAGAGGGCUAGAAAGAAUUCUGCCACUGCCGCAACCAGGUUUACUGCAGGGUUAGGCAAAAAGUGGAAAUACUGCCCUUCGUGCUCAGGGGGGCGAAUCUGUGUUGCUUGUCGAGGCACAGGCUACGUUUAAACUUUGAACUUUUUUUUUGACGGUCGGCAUUCGGAUAUCCUUCCAGUUUGUUGAAUUUAUUCUCUCUGUUUCACCAACUUUCACAUUAUCUUCUUCGCCUUCUUCUCCUCCUUCUUCUUCUUGUUCUUCCUUUUUUUUUUUUUUUUUUUUUUUAGAAGACGACUAUCACAUUACCUAGUGCAGGUUUCUUUCUUUCCUUAGCUGCAAUUUAUAUGUCUGAUUGUUCCUUUUUUUUUUUUUUUCUUUCUGAUUGUUCUUUAUUAAGAUAUAAUAUAUGUAACAGCCAUUUUAUUGAAUGUAUUAUGUAUGUAUGAAGUUUGCCGGUAAUGAAUAUUGACUAUCGAU